AUGGGUGUGCAAACUGACUAUCCUUUGAACAGCGCGUAUGCUUCGUCUGUGCACCAUGCCCAAAGGCCCGAUCCAGCUGGGCACGAUCUUCAGCCUUCAUCCAGCAACGACCAUGUUUAUGAAGAGCUCUGGUCUGCCCGUGACGUCAUAACCGAUCUAGACGCGCCUUUGUUUCAUCAGCAUGCCGCCUGCGGGAACGUAGAGGUCCUGGAAGCUCUGCUGAGGAACAAGGCCGACGUCAACCAGUUAGAUCAUUACGGGAGGACAGCUCUCCACUUUGCGGCUCUCAACGGCGAUCUUCCAGCCGCAGAGUUCUUGAUAGAGAAGAGGGGGGACAUACUAUGUCGUGCUUCUGAUGGAAAGAUUCCUAUGCACUACGCAGCUGAGAAUAACCAGGCUGAGAUGGUUAUGUUCCUGGAGAACAUGAAUAGACACACCAAGAAGGAAAUCUUUCAUUCCAGGAACUAUUUGAUGUGUGACAUCUUUUCGAUAGAUACCAACUCUCGGAAUCGAGAUGACGCCCUGAGAAAUUUCGAUGACCUGAGGGGAGCUCUUCAGGCUGUGACUCAAGACGCUGUGGCUUCCGAUGGAAGCUCCGGAGGGAAAAAUGUCUCGGUGAAGAUGGAGGAGUUGAAGCAGCGACGACAGGCUGCCUUGCACAAACAUGACCAGAUCUUUGGUGACAACUUGACUCUGCCAACUCCACCCUGA